AUGGUGGUCUGUAGACACGUCCUGGUGGUAUGUAGACACGUCCUGGUGGCCUGUAGACACGUCCUGGUGGUUUGCAGACAUGUCCUGGUGGUCUGUAGACACGUCCUGGUGGUCUGCAGACAUGUCCUGGUGGUCUAUAGACAUGUCCUGGUGGUCUGUAGACAUGUCCUUGUGGUCUGCAGACACAUCCUGAUGGUCUAUAGACAUGUCCUGGUGGUUUGCAGACAUGUCCUGGUGGUCUGUAGACAUGACCUGGUGGUCUGUAGACAUGACCUGGUGGUCUGUAGACAUGUCCUGGUUGUCUGUAGACAUGUCCUGGUGGUCUGUAGACAUGUUCUGGUGGUUUGUAGACAUGUCCUGGUGGACUUUAGACAUGUCCUGGUGGUCUGUAGACACGUCCUGGUGGUUUGCAGACAUGUCCUGGUGGUCUGUAGACACGUCCUGGUGGUCUGUAGACACGUCCUGGUGGUCUGUAGACACGUCCUGGUGGUCUGUAGACAUGUCCUGGUGGUCUGCAGACAUGUCCUGAUGGUCUAUAGACAUGUCCUGGUGGUCUGUAGACAUGACCUGGUGGUCUGUAGACAUGACCUGGUAGUCUGUAGACAUGUCCUGGUGGUCUAUAGACAUGUCCUGGUGGUCUGUAGACACAGCUGGUGGUCUGCAGACAUGUCCCGAUAG